UUCUUCGUCCGGCAUUUUUCUGCCACCCUAUAAAGCCUAUAGUGCCCCCUGUGGUGAUAGAAGCUCAUGACAGACGAGGGUCACUUCCUGACUCCGUGAUAAAACUCGUGAGUGCGCGAUUACGCAUGCGUGGUAAAAAUAAUAAUAAUUAAAAAAAAUAUAUAUAUAUAAAAUACAACAUGGCAACAAUCACUUUUCUUAAAAUGUUAGAACUGUCACGGCCUAAGGGUGCAUUGGCCUUAUUAAAAAAAACAACAUACAUAAAUACAUAUGUAUGGCCUCCUGCCCGAUGAUAGCUGGGAUAGGCUCCAGCACGCCCGCGACCCUAAUGAGUAGAAGCGGCUCAGAAAAUGGAUGGAUGGACGAUACCUUGCCAUUAAUCUCAUUCACUGCCAGCCUUCCCAGUUAACAUGGAUAUUUGACUUCUAAAGCCGUCAAUGGCAGUUAAUAAAUAACCAUCAGUUCCCAGUUAAUUCCCAUAUUUACAAUGGAGAUUUAGAAUAUUUCCAAAAUUAACUAUCUUUAAUUCUCAUGGAAGCUUAAGCAGAACCUUUCCUGAAAAUGACUGGAAAUUCCCCACCUCUUUGCAAGCCUAUUUAGAACAUACUGUACAUGUUGGAAGCCACAUGGAUACGAAUAAGUCCUGCCACCCCCCCAAAAUGCCUCAUGGUUGGAUCAGAGAGGUUCGGCAGCGACGAACAGGCAAGACAGCGGGAAAAGUGGACGUGUACAUCACCAGUCCCCACGGGCAGAGGUUCCGAUCGAGAGCUUCUCUGCGAGCAUACCUUGUGAAUGACGCUCAAGACGUCGACAUCAAUCUCUUCGAUUUUACAGCAGACUCUCUGCAGUGUCUCCCUGUUCGAGAAAAACGGACAAGAGGUGGACAGCAGCAGGACAUUCUGGAAGAUGAAGAUGCAUCAAAACUACUGGAAGUGCCUACAAAUACCUGUGAAAGUGCAAUCUCCCCCCACAAAGGUGUGUGUGCGGAGCAGAGGAACCUUGUUGAUCUGGAGAGCCAAACAACUCCUGAACUUGCAAGCGCGCCGUGUGACGACGUCACAACGCACGAGGACCCUCGCAGGUUGGACGCGCUGAGAGCGAGGCUUCCGAGACGGACUCCGUAUGUGGACAAGCUUGAGGCAGGCGAAGAUGAGUUGCGGAUGGACAGCGAACCCAGUCGGCAACGGAAGGUUGUCCCCAAUGCCGAAGAAGAUGAGUUGCUGUCUCAAAUCACUGCUGGAAACUGCGUGCCAGUGGCAAAUUCCAGAAAUAAGUCCAAAGGUUUAGAAGACAAACGGAAAACAAGCCCUUAUUUCAGCAGGAAGCCUCUCGCAGACGGUCCCAGUCCACCUCGAAGAAAAGCCUUCAAGAAGUGGACACCUCCUCGUUCUCCUUUCAACCUUGUACAGGAAACCGUUUUCCAUGACGUGUGGAAGCUACUGGUGGCUACCAUUUUUCUGAACAAGACAAGUGGUAAGAUGGCCAUUCCAGUCCUUUGGCAAUUCUUCGAGCUGUACCCGUGUGCAGAGGUGGCCCGCCAAGCCGACCCCAAGGCCAUGUCUGAACUCCUCAAGCCACUUGGCCUCUUUGAGCUUCGGGCCAAAAUCAUCAUCCGAUUCUCAGAUGAGUAUCUGAGCAAACCGUGGCGUUACCCCAUCGAGUUACACGGCAUCGGCAAGUACGGCAACGAUUCCUACAGGAUCUUCUGUGUGGAAGAAUGGAGACAGGUGACGCCUGACGAUCGCAUGUUGAACAAAUAUCACGCCUGGCUUUGGGAAAACCAGGAGACGCUCGGACUCUGAAUAGAGCGUGAAGAACUGGUCGCAUGAAAAGCUUUCCGUCAUCAAUGUGCUUUUUUUUUUAACCACAAAUAUUCAGAUGUUCUAGCCUACUCCGGCAUACAGUGUAGAUGUAAUAAAAUGUUUCUUCUUUUUUUAACAGUG